CACCAUUGCAGUGCAUACGGAGGCGCUCCUCACUGUCUGUCACAGGCAUCCGCGUGAGGCGAGGUGCUCGACCUGGGUGACCGCCCUCACCAUCUUUCCGCCCCCCGCACUUCCAUCGCGGCUACAAGCUUCACUCCAGGUGGCCAUCAACGAUGUGUGACACUGUCGAAAACCAUUCGCCUCUCCCUGUGGAGGCUUGAGUUGUGGGACACUGAGCCAGCCGAGGAGUGUCUCUGAGGAAGAUGCUGGGUUUCGAGCGCAGUGUCGUCGAAGAAUGGCUCUCAGAAUUCAAGUCCUUACCAGAAACCCACAUUUCAAGUUAUGCAGACAGCCUUCAUUUGAAGAAGUCCUUGGUACCAGCAUUGUACUGCGUGAUCCAGGAUCCCAGCAACGAGCUGUUGGAGCCUGUGUGCCACCAGCUGUUUGAGCUGUACCGCAGCUCGGAGGACCGCCUGCGACGCUUCACCCUUCAGUUUCUGCCUGAGCUGGUGUGGGUGUAUCUGCGAGUCACAGCCAGCAGAGAUCGGCAGAGCAAUGGCUGCAUCGAAGCCCUCCUCCUGGGCAUUUACAACCUGGAGAUUGUGGACAAAGAUGGCAACGGCAAGCUCCUCUCUUUCACCAUCCCUUCAUUAUCCAAACCAUCCAUUUACCACGAGCCUUCGACCCUGGGCUCAAUGGCAUUGACAGAGGGAGCUCUGUGUCAACAUGACCUGAUCCGAGUGGUGUACAGCGGCCUCCAUCCUCAGAGAGAGACCUUCACGGCUCAGAACAGGUUUGAGGUGCUGUGUUUCCUCAUGCUGUGCUACAACGCGGCUGUGGUCUACAUGCCACUGUCCUCAUACCAGUCAGCCUGCAGAAUGAGCUCACGGUUGUGUGUAUGUGGCUUCCCCCGGCAGCAGCAGAAACUCUGGAGGGAACCUUGCAACCGCGUGCUCUUGGACCCCGAGUUCAUGGUGCAAAUGCUGACUGCUGUUUAUCAUGCCAUAUACAAUGGAGAGUGGGAGAUGGGGAGGGAGGCUCUGGAAGACAUUCUGUAUAGAGCCCAGCUGGAGCUUUACUCUCAGCCUCUCCUGUUGGGCAACGCCAUGAAGAGCUCGUUGCCAGACAGCGCUCCGGAUGAGCCGCAGGGCCGCAAAGUGCUGCAGGUGGAGGUGACACCUACCAUUAGCCGCAUCUCCAUCUCGGCCAUCACCACCGCCUCCAUUCGACGCCACCGCUGGAAGAGAGAGGGCCACAAGAAGGAGCUUUUAGAUUGUUUUGACUACUCGAAUGAUGCCGAGUUGAGCCUCACCGUCACUCGUCCUAACCACCAAACCCCAACAGCGAAAGAGCAGAGAGAAGCGGGGCCUCGCAGUCACCACCAUCAGCACCACUACAGCAACAGCAGCAGCAUCAUCAUUCCCCCCAUCACACUUGAGGAUGCUGAUGGUAUGAGCGGCGGCGAGGAUUCCUUCAACGUGAACGAGCCGGAUGAGGGUUUCUCCUCUGGGGCGUCUAACAGCAGCCAGCCCAGUGGCACCAGAGCGGGCGGCGGCCCGAGGGCCAGCAGCCUGAGCAGUAACAGCAGCAACAUCAAGAAAGCCAUCACGGCCCGACUGUCUCGGGAGAGGGAGCGAGACAGACCCGAGCCUCAGAAGCAGGCCGACCUGUCGGCUGGCGUGAAUAGGCAGAGGAAGCAGUCGCCCCCGGCCAGCAUCGAACUGGACGCCAUUCAGCUGAGUCCCAUCAAGAAGCACCUGAGCUUCCCCGCGGGACCCCCUCUGGUACGGACCGGCAGCACCUCCUCCAGCAAGUCUUUCGACUGCAUGACCUUCAGCCUGAACGGGGGCAGAGAGGACCAAGAGGGCGGCACAGGAGGCUCAGACCAGGAAGGGGGGCGUCCUGCAGGCGGCUCUCACCGCCACUCCACCGUCAGCCUGCAGGAGGCUCACCUGCUCAGGCCAGAGGAGACCCAAGACCUGCUGUCCUCUGGAGCCCCCCUCACCAAGCAGUCCCGCUCCCCCAGCUUCAACAUGCAGAUCAUAUCACAGGUUUAACAUGCUGGCACACACACUUCCACAAGCAUUUUGGUUGUGUUUCAAAUUAGUAUCUUUGUUCUGCUGUUGUUGAAAAGCAGCGAAACACAGCUGCUGCAAGUACAAUCCAGUGUCAAAAGCACCCAUCACAUCCUCCCUGAGCAUUCCGGUCUCCUUAAACACAGGAACGUCCUUACGGGAUGCCAUGCUAGCUGUCGUGGUUCCAUGACAUUUCACCAUCGUUUGAUUUCCUGACUGAAUCAGUCGACUCAGCAAUAACGCUCACGCGGAGAGGCGUUCUUGCUCUUCAUUCCCUCCCUAUCUUUCCCGGGCUCACGUGCAAUCGCUCUCGCUUGAUUAUCUUCCUUCUUAAUGGCUGUUUUUAAAUCAGGAUUAUAUACAGUAUACAUUCUGUAUGAGGAGAUGAAUUCAUUAUUUUUUUAUGACAAUCCAAAGAAAGACGGUAGCAUUUUUUGUUGGCUUAAAUACACCAAGAGAUUCCCAACUUGCCACACUUAUUUAUUUUUCUUGAUGAGUAAUAAUCAGAUUGAAAUCUGUAUCAUGCUGUAAAACCAAACUGGAGCUCUUACGAACUGGACUUGAGGAAAUCGCUACUGAUGAUUAUAAUUAAAUGUAAAAUAUACAUAUAUAUAUACAUAUAUGUGUGUGUAGAUGUAAUUGUGUGUGGCGCAUUAUAAGAGUUUUAUGCAGGCUGAAAUGAUAGAAUGGAGCACUUUUUUAGUGAGGCCGUAUUGUGGCCUCUUCUUGCUGUGCUUUUGCUGCUCUCUAGUGGCCAGUGGCUGUCACAGCACAACAGCAGUAAUAUUUUUUCCCACUCUACCUCAUGUGUUGUUCACCUGGAUAAAGAGCCCACUGGAUUUGGACAUAAUCGUACUUGACUUCGUGCAUUUCCUCAAAUAGCGGCUUAUUUACUCACCUUAUUUACUCCAACUGGUAAAAAUGCAUUAGUACGAAAGUAUUCUAUAACAUUCUAUUUUA